CUCUGUCUCUCUCUGCGUUGCUCGCGCGCGCGCCUCUGUAUUUUCCCUUCCUUUCUCCCGCUUUUCUCGAUCGCCAAACAGAAGAAACAGAAGGGAAGGGGGGGGGGGGGGGGGGUGGGAGGAGCUGCUUGCUUUGUCUUCCGCGUUCCUAAAUCUUCCGCCCAUGUUGCCUUUCCCGGCAACAUUUUUAAGCCCUCCUGGAGUUUCCGUUUGCCUUUUGCUUCCUUCUUGCCAUUUCACGGCCGUUUCUUUGUUUGAUUUGUUGAUCUGGGACGAUUGAUGGAUUGGUGGGACUGAGGGAGGAGAAAUUACAUCUGGGUGGUGCAGCUAUGCAUAUAAGAGAGGGGAUUCGAGAGCGCGUGCAUAUUAAUUUGUUUCCAUUCUUCAUUUUUUCUUUUGUUUGAUUGCAUUGAGUCUGGCGUUGGUUUUGAUUGCUUACGGCCAUUAUGGAUUCUGAUACUUCGACGAGUUUGGUCAAAUGUUGUGAUUGUGGAUGCAGUUGUUCUUCAACCAUGAAUCAGUCCCUUCAAGGGAAUUGGUAUCGGUCCGUGAAGAGGAAAUUUGACGAGCUUGAGGAAGGAAUUAAUAGAUUAGUUAUUCCGGGGUUGGAUUUUCCACACAUUGCUCGAGUUGAAACUGAGAAUGAACGUGAUGCAUUGCGAGAGAUGGUCAGCAGCCAGCAACAAUCCAUACAGGAUCUAUCCCUGGAAUUGGAGGAGGAGAGGAAUGCCGCCUCCUCAGCUGCAAAUGAGGCCAUGUCAAUGAUUUUGAGGUUGCAGAGGGAGAAGGCUGAGAUUCAGAUGGAGGCCCGUCAAUUUAAGCGUUUUGCUGAGGAAAAGAUGGCCCAUGACCAACGGGAGCUCUCGGCUAUAGAGGAUUUGUUGUAUAAGAGAGAGCAGGCUAUUCAAUCUCUCUAUUGUGAGGUUCAGGCUUACAGGCAUAGGAUGCUUAGCUUCGGGCUUUCGGAGUUGGAGAUUGUUGACGAGGUCCGUGCCAUGACCCACGAUAAUGGUGUGGCUGUAAACCUUGAUUCCCACCUUGUAUUUCCACCCUAUAAUUAUCCUCCUCUCAAGUGCAAUUUGAAUGAAAACCAAGGCCAUAUCGAAGUAGACAAUGAUGUGGCCGAUGUUGAGAAAUAUGCAUUUGGUGAGACCCCCCUUUCUCGGGAUCAUUUAAAGGAUUUGGAAUACAGAAUCAACCAAUUGGAGAGAACUCCUAGACAAAUUCCACCAGAUGGCGGGGACUUUUCUGGUGCAAAGAAUGUGUUUGAAAAAGUUAUAGUUGGCCAAUCUCCUCGUCUGUCUCCACAUUUUCAGAAAGUCUCCACUGAGAGUUCAAAUUCUUUCUUUGCAACCGCAAAAGAAAUGGGCCCGUAUUUUGCCACUGAAUCACCAAGGUUAGGUGACAGUUUCCAAAAGAUGGAAUGCUCACAGACAGAAGACGACUCAAAGUUGAGAAAGGUGGAUAAUGCAUCAGAAGCAGCAGAUGACCUUAGUGACAGAGUAUACACAAUUGAUUCUGUUCACCAGGGAACACAUAAUGGUUUCUCAGAGAGUAAGCCUACUGUUGGGGCAUUUGAAGAUUACAUAGCUACUCCAACGGAGUCAUUCAACCAGGCAGAUGCAGGAGAUCCUGAGAUCACGAAAUUAUACAUGAGGGUUCAGGCACUUGAGGCUGAUAGAGAAUCAAUGAGGCAGGCAAUCAUCUCCAUGAGGACCGACAAAGCUCAACUUGUUUUGUUGAAGGAGAUAGCUCAAAAUUUGAGUAAAGAAAUGUCACCAGCAAAAAGAAUGCCUUUGAAGAAACAAUCUCUCUAUGGGAACUUUUCCUUCAUUUCAGUGUUUAAGUGGAUCGUAUCGUUUGUCUUCUGGAGAAGGAAAGCACGACGAAGCAAGUACAUCUUCGGGAUGUCAGCCAACAAUCCUGGCUUGUUAUUGCUUCUAGAUAAGGGUCCUCGAGUUGGGCAAUGGAGAUGUCUUUCACGUGUGCAAGUAUGAAACAUACACGUCCUUUUAUGAAGCCAGUGCUACAUUACCACCAUCUGCAUCCCAAUCACGCUACCACUUUUCGGGUUUUGCUUUUCCCGUUCUUGAUUCCUUGUUGCUAUAGACUUGGAUAUGCGUUCUUGAGGUGCAUGUUCUUCCAAUUCUUUUUUAUAGGAUUGAAUGUUUGCUGGUUGAUGACUAAAACAUUUGACACUGUAGAAGCAAGCAGCAAUGUAUUUGCACGCUUGCAAGAUCUGCUAGAAUGUCUCCUUUUGACACGUCCUGUCUGUAUAGUACUUGUUCACGCAUGAUUCUCCAUCAAAUAGGUUGUGCAUUGUUUUCUUCU